AUGGAAACCGCUUCAGCUGCACUGGAGGAUUUGCAUAACUACCAGUUCAAUCCUCAUGGAUGGGGCAUGGUUGUGAUCCUGGGACUUGGACUCCUACUUCAUGAGUGUUGUUGUGCUCAGGAGCAUGAAGCUGAUGAAGCUGGUGAUGGUGUACCUGACUACUUAGGUAACUUUAUCUUGGGGAUCCAGGUGGGUGACCAGAUUGAGGAAAAGAUCACAGAAAUAGAGAUGGGAGUUGAAACCAUACUGAAAGAUGAGAACCUGGGGUUGUCUAUUGUGAGGCGAGACAUUGAGAAGAGGCAUACAGAGGAAAGAAAGAUGUUGAAGGAGAAGCAGAAGCAGAAGCAGAAGCAGAAGCAGAAGCAGAAGCAGAAGCAGAAGCAGAAGCAGAAGCAGAAGCAGAAGCAGAAGCAGAAGCAGAAGCAGAAGCAGAAGGCUGAGGAGAAGAGGAGAGUGGAAGAGGAGAGUGGAAGAGGAGGAGUGGGGUAA